CUCCCCCUCUCUCCUCACUGGCUCAGGGAGUCGGGCUGCCAGCGAGACAGCCGGGAAUACCGGGAGAGCGGAGAGAGGAGCGGAGCACACAGCCGGCUACACACCGGGAGCGCUGUGCGGGGAGUGUGCCCGGUGCUGGGCAGAGUACGGCGGGCACACGGCGCAGUCCUUGUUGGGUACGGGGGAGCGGAGAGAUGACCCCGGGCGGUGUGUGAUCUGCGGGGAGACAAAGACACAGAGCCGCUCCGGAGUGCGGGACAUGUGAUUACCGGGAGGACGAGGAUUAUCACCGGGAGGAUUACCGACACCCACCGGAGACACCACCGGAGACACCCACCGGAGACACCACGGGGGACACCACCGACACCAUGAACUACCUGAAUGUACUGGCCAAAGCUCUAUACGACAAUGUGGCAGAGUCCCCGGACGAGCUAUCCUUCCGAAAAGGGGAUAUCAUGACCGUGCUGGAGCGUAAUACUCAAGGUCUAGACGGAUGGUGGUUGUGUUCUCUACAUGGACGACAGGGCAUUGUUCCUGGAAAUCGACUUAAGAUUCUAGUGGGUAUGUAUGACAAGAAACAAGGUGCUGCUGGUGAUCAAGGUCAACAGAAGCCUCAGCAACAAUCCCAGCAGCAGCCACCCCAGACUCCAUUGCCUUAUAACAACCAAGGUGUGUAUAAUGUCGUCUCCUCAAACCAGUAUGCACCUAUGCAUCCUUACCAGAGCCCAAGUGCAGACAAUGUUUACUUGGUUCCGGCACCACCUAAAGGGCAACAGACACUUUAUCAAAGCCCUCAGGGGCCACAGCACCCAGGUCAAACAACCCCUUCCAAGCAAUCUACCUUGUAUCAGAGCCAGCUAUCUCAACAUCAGUUCUCUAGUCAAGUUCAAGACAUUUAUCAGGUUCCACCUUCCAUGAAUCAACCACCGGAACUGUACAAAGUCCCAGUGGGAUCCACCAGCCCCCCUCAGUCUCAGGAUGUUUAUCAAGUCCCACCAUCGGUUAGAGCAGGACAAGACAUCUACCAGGUGCCACCAUCAAUGACCCAGUCACAAGACAUUUAUCAAGUGCCACCAUCUAUGGAUAUGCGAGGAGGGGAUCCCAGGAAAACACCAGCAAAGGUUGUCCUUCCUACUCGGAAAGGCCAAGUCUAUGUGUAUGAUUCACCCAAGACAGAGCCGCAGGAGGAAUAUGACAUUCCGAGACAUCUGCUCCCAGCGGGAUCCCAGGAGAUCUAUGAUGUCCCCACCAGGUGUUUAGUGAACAACUACAGCCCAGAGGUUUAUGACAUUCCACCAAUGGCAGUAAAAGGCCCUGUCAGCCGAGAACAAACCCAAGAGAUCUAUGACAUCCCUCCCAGCUUGGAAAAAAACAUGCAGGAGCAGUUACAGUCUCACUUAAUGAUUUAUGAUAUUCCACCCUCCGUGAGUAAAGAUGUUCCAGAUGGCCCUCAAAGAGAAGAAACCUAUGAUUUCCCACCUGCUUUCUCCAACCAGAAAAUGCAAAUGCCACCCCAGGCUCCUAUUCACAUCCAUGAUCCUGAGCCAUACAUCCCUGAAGAUAUCUAUGAUAUUCCUCCUGCUGCUGUUAAGGGCAAUGACUCGUCAUUUUCCCAGGAGAUAUAUGAUGUCCCCCCUAGCUUAAGGAAACUUGCUGGACAACAAAAUUUCCAUGAUGUUUAUGAUGUUCCGAGAGAGUUCCAUGGAGGAAAAGCCUCGCUGGAGACUGAUUCGGAUUAUAUAUACGAUGUUCCUCCCCAGGUAGAUAGGGAGGUCAAAACUGUUGACGAACUGGCUGGAAGCUUUAAAAGGCUGUCUGCCUCCAGCACAGGUAGCACCAGAAGCAAUAUUUCCACAUCUUCCCUCGAUACAAUUCCAGUGAAAGAAUCUUCUGUUCAACCAAAGACUGCAGGCAAGGAGCUGAAUCUUGAUUUAGAAGCUGCCAUGGAAAUGUUGGUAAAGUUACAGCAUGGUGUUAAUAGUUCCAUCUCCUAUUUGAUGUCCUUCAUCAGCAGUACUUGGAGAAGUCCAGAGCAGAUGGAAGCCAAUACACAAAGCAUCCAGGCUGCAGUGGAAGGGGUGAAAGCCACAGUUAAAGAUUUGCUGGAAUUUGCCAGAGGAGCAGUUGUAAACUCAACUCAAGCAUCUGAUCGGACUCUGCAUGUAAAGCUUAGCAAGCAAUUACAGAAGAUGGAAGAUAUUUACCAACAACUGCUUAAGCACAGUCAGGCAUUGGAUAGCUGUAACUGGGCCUUGAAUGUUUUGGUAGCCAGCAAGCCGGGCGCUACGGAUGACCUUGAUCGCUUCGUCAUGUACUCCAGGGGGAUACCAGAUGACACCAAACAGUUGGCUUCUUUUCUACACGGAAAUGCUUCUUUGCUCUUUAAAAGGACCAAGCAGCAACUUUCAUUAGGAGAGUCCCAAUCUGGGCAGGACAAUAGCAAUCAUUUGCCUAAUAACAAUAAUAAUUUGUCUGUUGGUCACACGGAAAAGGCAAGUAUACAGUCAAGGCCUUUGCCAUCUCCACCCAAGUUUAUAGCAGAAGAAUCUCCGGACGGGCAGUAUGAAAACAACGAGAGUGGCUGGAUGGAAGAUUAUGACUAUGUCCAUUUACAGGGUAAGGAAGAGUUUGAGAAAACGCAGAAGGAACUGCUGGAGAAAGGAAACAUUAUUCGACAGGGGAAAAGUCACCUAGAACAGCAUCAGCUAAAACAGUUUGAACGUCUGCAAGAGGAGGUUGCCCGGCCUAUUGAAAAUGACCUGUCAAACUGGACACCCCCGCAACACUACAGCCAAGUCCGCGGCUCCCUCUGCAACUCUGACCGGCAGCUUCUUCUCUUUUACCAAGAGCAGUGCGAGGCCAAUGUCACCACCCUUACCAACGCCAUUGAUGCCUUUUACAGCUCCAUCAGUACCAACCAGCCUCCCAAGAUUUUUGUGGCUCACAGCAAGUUUGUCAUCCUCAGUGCCCACAAGUUGGUCUUUAUAGGGGACACGUUGUCACGCCAAGCCAAAGCUCAGGACAUCCGAAACAAGGUUACCCACUACAGCAACCUCAUGUGUGACAAGCUCAAAGAGAUAGUUCUCACCACCAAAACAGCAGCACUUCAGUACCCAUCCCCAUCGGCAGCCAAGGAUAUGGUGGAGCGAGUCAAUGAUCUCAGUAAUAGCACCCAGCAGUUCAGAAUGGUGCUUGGUCAGUUGGUCGCCGUCUGAAAGGCCAGCUGAAUUCAUUAUCGAGAGACAAACAUCAGGUUUGACACCAAGAGACGACAAGAGGUCCUAAUUGCUCAUUGAGCUUUGACUUCUCCUUAGAAACAUUAUUGAACUAUAAUUCUACGUCAUGAAAAAUAAAUUUAAUGAACAGUGACUCAGUCUUUACCCUCAAACUACAAUCUACAUUUCACAAAACAGAGGAAUGUCAGAUAACAAUUAGCUCUUAGCUACAUUUGUAAAUAAUUUGGGAUUACAUGUUCAUUCCAUGUCCCCAGGUUGUCAUGUAUGAACAUUUUUUGACAAUGCAUUUUAAUAAUUAUGUUUUAAGCUGCAAUACCACAGAGGUUUACCCACUGAAAAUCUGUCAUUGCUCUGGGUGCCUGUGUAACACAACACUUAGAACACUAAAACAGGAUGAUGCAAUACUGUACCAAGCAUAAACCAACAUUUUGGCAUACCAUAAGACAAUAUGAGUUUAAGAUAUUUGGAGCUGUGUGUAGUUUUGGUGGCUAGUUGGGCACAAAUAAGUGUUCUGUGUAGCUUGUGUGCCCUACUAUAGCUUGUUCACCGAGAAAUCUAACAAGUCAAGGAAGAGCCUGUUGUCCAUGGAAACUUGUGAACAGCUGACAUUUUUGUAUCACAUCUUUGAAAAAAGUAAGCAUGCUUCUGAUUGGAUGUUAAGGGCAGUACAUUUGCCAGUUCCACUUUAUCUGCCCUUUUAUGUUAGCAGACCAUAACACAAUUGCCACAUCUGGUCUGUGCCUGGAGUAAUACCCAGUAAGGCUAGCCAUACACAUUAAGAAAUUCAUGGAUCCCCCAUCCACAAUAAAAAGUUUGGAAAGGGGAAUCUUCCCAGCUGGCUGUUGUAUUCUGCCAGACACUGCUCCCAGAGCAGAAUACCCGAACGAAUACCAGCCUGAAGUUUGCUGAGCCAAGUGCCACUGCUCCCAGGGCAGAAUACCCGAACGAAUACCAGCCUGAAGUUUGCUGAGCCAAGUGCCACCCAUGGCUCGAAGUACAGACAAUUCCUGCUGAAUCGGACAGAAUUCAAGCCAUGGGUGGCCCUGUCAGUACCAUCUGACCCAACAAACUUUAGAAUUUAAGCCAGAAUAAGGAUAGUGCAAUGGUAAUUAUAGAUAAUGUUAUGGAAUGCUUCUAGCCGUACUGCAUGCUGGGUCUACACAGACUGCUUUUUAUAUAGCCUUAUACUAUGGCCUUUACACAAUAGAAAGUCAAAUUUGCUUAUAAGACCUUGUAACUCCCAACCCAGACUUUCUCAGUCAUUGCUAUGUAUAUAUUUCUGAUUGAGUGUGCCCGGUCUUUUAUUCCAGAACAAAACAUAAUUGAAUCUGUAUUUUUUUACAGAAGCAUGAAGGUGGUGCAUGUCCAAGUAAAGCCUGCACAACCUUAAUAAAACCUUCAUAGCCCAAAAUCUACACACACCAAAGUAACCAGAGACAGUGACACUAAGAGACAGAAGUGCCUCCUCAGCUCCCGUUGUCUUCUUAUUACCAGCCUGUCUUGCACUGCUGUUCAGUGUGACACUGGGGUUGUACUUGGAGAUUACACAGGCGGCCAAAUUGCAGAUUACCCAUACAUCCCUGGGCCUGACACUAUGCCUUAAUCCAUUUUUAGGAACCGAUUAUCAUAUAGUUUUUCAGUAAAGCCUGAACCAUUGGGUCAGCGGUAACAUUGAAUCUCUUAGGAUGUAAUUUUUGUGUUCAGAUUUGGGAGAAUUCAGUGUAUUUUGAUGAAUGACAUACAUUUUCUAUUUGUAGGGCUAUGUUUUAUGUGAGAAAAAUAAGGUAAAGAAAAUAUUGUCACAAUAGAAUAUACUGUUGUGAUGUUAAUGAAUCUCAUUGGAAGUAAUGACUGCACAUGUUUCGUUCUGUCUUGGAGUUUGGACGUAAUCUUCCAACAAAUUUGACCUCAUCUCUGUUCAUGUCAUUAUUAUACUCGAAAAUUAAUCAGAGUACUAGAGAACAGUUUCGUCUUAUGGUUUGAAAGCAGAUUAUGUUUUCAAUGAUAACUUGCUCAUUAGGGCGCAUUAGAAAACCAGAAAGCAAGAGUCUGUGUUGCUUAGAAAGAAAUCAGAUCAACGUUUCAUCCGUUAUCUUCACCUGUCUUAUUAGCUGUGGUCAUAACCGACAGUGACCAAAGUGACGAGCGCACCAAGUGAAAGGAAUGGAUUGUCAUGAAUAGGGUGAGACAUUCAAUGAUUCGGGUGUCUCUCAUAGUAGAACUGUUGCUCGUUUAGUAAGACCACAUCAUACUGAUGCCCUCUUCAUAUGGAUUGUUUUGGGAACUCCUAAUUGGCGCUAAAAGAAAAGACUGUGGACCCACUGGAGGAAUUACACCAAUACGCUAAAGAAGACCUUGUAAAUGUGUCUUGGUGGCAAUAAUAAUGGUUUGUCUGUAA